GGGGGGACGCCCGCCAUGCUGAUCACGCUCUGCUACCUCUACCUAUGGGCGCGCUGGGGGCCUUGCUCGGCCGCGCUCAUCCGCCGCACCGUGCGCCGCCUCCACCGCUCCCGUUGCUCCUUCAUCUUCUGCUGCUCCGCCGGCCCUUCGGCGCCUCCGGCUCAUCCGCCGCGCAGGCCGGCGCCCCCCGAGGAGCGCGUCUGCCUCAGGAUAGGAAAUAAAGUCUUCUUCACGGACGAGACGCAGGUACGUGCGGGGGAGGGCGGGGAGGGAGAAGCGAGGAGCGAGGGACGGCGGCCUCCCCCGUUACCGUGGCGACGGCGACCGUGGCCCCGAGGGAGGGGGCGAGUGUCCGCGCCCCGGGCUGUGCCGCGCUCUCCUCGCCCGUCAGUGGCCGAUCCUCACCAGUACGGCUUUUGUUAUAGAAAACUGCGUGCUUCUCUCCUCGAUGAUUUAAACAGAUGGAGUCUACUUCUCAUUUCUCCUUUUAUUUAUCCUGAAAAGUUGCUAGAAACAGAACAUAUAGCCUUUGUGACAGAAAGUGUUUCAGCUCAGGCAGAUAACUUGCAGAAAUUACCUGUCUCUUCAAAAGAGAUCGUGAAGUGGUCUGACUAUUGUUCACCGUUGGCCUAUAAACCUGGGGAACCUUAUAAGUUAAUUGCUGAAGCAAGCGUAGAUAAUUUCAGUAACCUUGGAAUAGCAUUCAUGGAAGACAGGCUUCAAAUGGAUAACGGAAUGGUUCCAUGCAAGAUUGUUUCUGUCCAUUUACAAGAAACUACUCUGAAGGAGUUAAAACAGGUGACACCAUCUAUGAAAGAGAAGAGUGUAAGCAUUACACAGAUGAAUGAAGUAACUCCUGAUACUUUUGGGACUACUGUUAAAACACAAUUAGGAGUAUCUGAGUCUGCAGGACAGGGUGAUUCAGAGGCAAAAGAAGAGAAAUCUAAGCUAGUGAAAGAAAAUGGAGAUGAAUCCAACAGCCUAUCUGACAAAGAGACAGGUUUUGGAGAACAUCAUCACUUGCAUCUUUCCAGCUGUCGUGAAUGUCUGCAACUUGAAAACAGCACUAUUGAAUCAGUCAGAUUUGCCUCUGCGGAAGACAUUCCAGAACUUCCUGAUGAUUGCAAUAGCAAACUGGAAGAGAAUGGUGAUUGUCUGACUACAGGAAUAAAGAGAGUAAACCUUGCUGGAAAGCCUCCUAAUAUAUUGAUUUAUGUUGGCUCUGGAACUGCAAAAGUGGACUUUGAGCAAGUAAAAUCAAUCAUUCAGGAAUGUGUUGAUACAGACAGCUAUACCAUCUAUCAGCUGCAUGAGGAACAAGUUCUGAAAGCUCCGUGGAUUGAUAAUUCACUGCUGUUGAUCAUUGCCACAGAGGGGCCUAUUUCUGAGAAGAACCAAAAACAGUUUAUGAAGUUUUUAUCUAAAGGUGGAAAGAUUCUAGGGUUAUCUUCCUCUUUUACAUUUGAUGGUAUACAAAUAAAGAGGAAAGACAAACUGAAGAGAACUGUUCAUGAAUUAGUGGUCUCUAAAAUGGACAGUACUGAAAUGAAGUUAAAUCUUUUGAUCAGUGGCUGUAUUUUUGAGGUAGCGAUGAAGGAAGGGAGCAGCAAAGUGAAGCCAUUGAGUCGCUUAAAUAAUGCUGAUAAAGAUAUAGUUAUUGUUUAUCUGCCUUAUGGAGACAAUGGAGGAGAAGCCAUUCUUUCUCAGGUGCAUUUGGAACUGGAUACCAAUUCUGUGGAUAUCCAAACUGAAGAGGAUUUUAAUUUGCUUAAGAUGAGCAAUCCCAAGAGAUAUGAAGUUCUCAAGGAGAUUCUGAUAUCACUUGGGCUGAGUUGUGAAUUAAGUGAGAUUCCUAUGUUGACGCCUAUUUAUCUUCUCUCUUCUGAUGAGGAAAUCCAUCUUACGUUUUUGAAAUGGCUUGAGGAGAAUGUAAAUGUUGAAGGAUUAAUAGAAUCCAGCAAAGUGUCUCUUAAAUUUGUUUCAUCUUGUGAAUCGAAAAUGGAGAUAACUCCAUCUCUCAUGUCAGUCAUCACCAAGAUGGGGAACUUCUCAUCAGAACAUUUCAGCCUGGAGACAUAUCAGCAGAAUCUACAAACAAAGAAACUUGGAAAGAUUCUUUUCUUUACUGAAGUUACCACCACAACAAUGAAUCUUCUAGACGGGUUAAUGUUCAAGUUGCCUGAGGAGAUGGGUUUAAUAGCAAUUGCUGUUCGACAAACACAAGGGAAAGGUCGUGGCGGAAAUGUUUGGCUCAGUCCCAUUGGUUGUGCACUAUCCACUUUACAUAUCACAAUCCCUUUACAUUCCAACUUGGGCCAGAGAAUUCCUUUUAUUCAACACCUAGUGUCCUUGGCAGUGGUAGAGUCGGUUAGAUCAAUACCAGGAUAUGAGGAUAUUGACCUGCGAGUAAAAUGGCCAAAUGAUAUUUAUUACAGUGAUCUUAUGAAGCUUGGUGGAGUUCUGGUAACCUCUACACUUAUUGAGACAACAUUUCAUAUACUUAUUGGCUUUGGAUUUAAUGUGAAUAACAGCAACCCCACCAUAUGCAUCAAUGACCUCAUCACAAAAUUUAAUAAGGAAGAGGGGACAAAUCUGAAGGCUUUAACUGCAGACUGCCUUAUUGCGAGAACUGUAACUGUGCUAGAGAGGCUUAUAGAUAUUUUUCAGGAGAAAGGGCCCAAUGGAGUUCUUCCUCGUUACUACAAGUACUGGGUACACAGUGGUAAGCAGGUUCGUCUCCACAAUGAGGAGGGCCCGUUGGCAUGGAUAGUUGGGAUUGAUGAUUAUGGAUUCCUUCAAGUUCAUGAAGAAGGCAAAGGUGUAGAGUCUGUGCAUCCAGAUGGCAACUCUUUUGACAUGCUGAAAAACCUCAUAAUCCCAAAGCAUUAAUAGUUCUCAGAGUUCACAGCACAAAAGGAGGUUCUUUACUAUUCAAUACCAAGUAGCUGAACUUGCGUAGAAGUGGGGAGGGUGUUUGGUUGUUUGUUUGGUUGGUUUUCUUCUUCCUAUUUCUGAUGUCUUUGUUCUUCGAGAUGGAUAACUUCAACAGUUUAAGAAGAGUUAAUUAUCUUUUUGAUGAAGGUGUUUAUUCUUUUGUAUUGUCUUAAAAACUCAUCUAUGUUGCCAUUCUUUGUAAGCAUCUGUUCUUUUAAUGGACUCUGAUUUCAAUGGAAUACUGUGCAAUGAACAGAACUUUUUCUUCAAUUACUCACUGUGUUUGAGAAACCGAAGUGGCUAAAUAUUUUGUUUUCAGGUGUCUGUGUUUUUAUUGUGCUCUAGCACAAUGAAGUACAAUAUUUACAUUUUUACUCUGUUGUAUUAACUAGAUUCUGGUUUUUGCACUGUCUGCAGUGGAAUCAUCUGGAAGAGCUCAUCAUGUAUUUCUGAAUUACUGGGCUUAACACUGUGUUUGGAUUCAGGUCUAAGUAGAGCCUUGCUCACUUGGUUCUCCUCCACAUGAACCUGUACAACAGUUUACAUACUGUGCUUUGGUCACAGGUAUGCAACUCUGUCAUGGCUGCCUUGAGGUUUUGGAGAGUCUUCCAUCAACUCUUAAGAUCUAUGAUUGGUUAAGCCUAUUUAUUUUAGCCUGUUCUUCUUAGCCAAUUGGAUCUGAGCGAAUCAUCUCAUGUCUCCUUUAAAUUAGUGUUCUGAAAGGGUUUAGCCCUGCAAGAAUAGCCCUCUGGGGGUCAUGACUAGUAUAGCUUCUGAUUUCAAUAUCCUUAUACAGGUUCAAGGUGUAACAGUAAUUCCACUGUAAUAGUAAUGAAGUUAAGCAGAUAAGAGAAGAUGUCCCAGUCUUAAGAUCCCUGCUUCAACCACUCUGCUGGAAAUGAUAAAACAUUUAGUUACUUGUGUCCAAAUUAUCUUCCAUUGCUUCUGUUUUCUCCAGUCCCUUUCCCAAACCAGGCAUCUGGUUUUUUUUUUGUUUGUUUGUUUGUUUGUUUUUUUGCUAACCACUGAAAACAAGAAGUUUGACAUCUGCUGACUAGGAGGUAGCUGGUAGCUUGCUUUUGGGGCUCGCCGCAUGGUUCUAGGUUAGGUGUAACAGCUUGGUCUGAUUGGAAGGCAUUGAGAGGCAGGCAUGUGGGAGCUCCUGUGUGAUAGGCAGCUUAUCGGGUUUCUCUCCUGUGCCAGAUGACUUUGCAUUUUGUCUGGCCACAGAGCACUUCAAAUGGUUCUCUCAAAUAAGAAGUUUAUCAUAGGUGUGAUGUGGCCAGCUUCAUUUCCUCAAGUAGGCAGCACUGCUUAUUAUGUACCUUGUUCCUACUAAAGUUGGAUCAGCCAGAUUGGUUUCCACAAAGCACUUCUGUCUACCAGCCAGAAAUGGGUUUUUUAGGUUAAAGUUCACCUCAUAAACAAUCUGAACUUGUUAGUAGAUUGUUUCAGUUACAAAGCCAAGAAGUCUUAAAGCAAAGAAGCUAGUCUGUAAUGGUAAUUUACAGUAAUCCUCACAUAUUAGGUUUUAGGUGGUUUGGCAGCAAGUGCUAGAAAUUAAGUUGUCCCUCUCACACUUGGGAUUUUACGCUCCAUAUCGCAAUAUAUCAGUGUGUGUGCCUGGUUGUCUGUCCCCUGCUGUUUUGUUUCCCCUUGUGAUCUGUGUCAAACAAGACUGCACACCAGUAUUUCUUAGAAUUGUACAGGGGAGCGUAGACAGCUGUUAAUUGGCUUAGCUAAAAUGAUGCAUAAGAUCACCAAUUUUUACCUUUUCCCCCCAGAUGCUUUCAAAAGUGCUUUGGGCUGUUAAUGUUUGGCAUCUACCUUUAUUUCAGAAUCAAGCAUUGAUGCAUAUUAUAAUAAAAUGAUAUGUAAAUUUGAAUUAAUAAAGUUUUUAAAAGAGCCCAUUCGUAUAUACGCAUGUAUAGCGUGUGUAUACACACAACUUCUGUGUGUGUUUUCACUUCUUUUCUACCUUUUCCUUCCUAGCUAUGGAAAGCAUAGUUCUGUUACUGGUUUCUGACCAUAGAAUUUUAAAAAACUUUAGAUCUGUAUCUCGCAGUGUCUGUUUUGUCACAGUAGAGUUUGCCAAUAGGAAACACGGUUGAUAUCACUUCUAUUUCAGAUAGACUGAUGAGUGGUGGUAGAGAUUAGUUUAAAUGACCAGGCCAAGCAUUGCUUCUUUACAUCAUGCUCUUCCCUAUUCUAGGUGCAGGGACUGUGAAAGAACAAUGGGGAAAAAGAUAAAGCACGUUGCUGUAGGAAAGGCAGAUUGGAGUACUUGCAAAACUUCAAUUAGCUGAACAAAUGCUGAGCAGAAAGCAGAUGUAUUUUCAGUGGUAGAAUGCUGCAGUGUUUCAUGAUUACUAUCAUUCCAAUUUGGCUUUCUUCAUAUUCUGUGCAAUGAAAAGCGUGCUUUACUCUUGCUUUGCAUUUUAAGAUUAUUCCAAAACAAGAUUGGGAAGAAACUUAGCAUUGAACUUCCUCUCUGGAAGUGAGAACUAUCAGCUGUGGAUUUGUCAGAGCAUUGGUAGGUGAUGUGGGGAUACUACUUUGCCUCUACUUUUUAGUGGCUCCUUCAUGUGCAUCUACAGCUACCUGCUGUCUUGAGGAAAUGGCCUUGAGUUGGUUGAAGUGUUUGUUACAGACCUGACUUUUCUGUCAGAAAAAUCAAAGAACUUCACAAAGAAAAUUGAUGCUACAUACAGGAAGCGUUGGAAUAAGGUCAUUCUGACUAGCAGCUGCUACUGUCAGGAAAGCCUAUGAACCUUCCUAUACCACACUUAUCCCAAGGGAUGGGAAUGGGAUGGGAUUCAUCUGGGAAUCACAGCCACUGAUCGUACUCUUUUUAUGGCAAACUUGUCGCAUUCUGAAAACGACAGUAUUUUUCUAUGAAAAUCAUUUUUAGUAUUGUUCUUUACAUAAAACAGACAAAUGUGGUGUUGUGUGGUCUCAGAACGCAGGUAUGGAGAGACUCAGGCAUAUCUGGACUCAGAAGUAAUGCACUGAAACUGUUUAAUGUUAUUAAAAUGUAGAACCUUUCAUCUGUUGUGAGGUUGAUGUCAUAUCUUGAUGAAGUGCCUUCAAAAAACAUUUAUUAAGGUGUCCGUAUUUCUGUGACUUCCUUUUUUUCACUCUCAAACUGUUACCCCAUUUCUCAUCACACAUUGUGGAAAUAUCUGUAGAGGUUGUUUGUCGGCAGGGAGACUUUUGCAGGGCGAGCUGGGUGUAUUGGCGCCUGUCUGCAUUCAGAACAAAUACGCGGGUUGUGUCCCUGCAGGACCAAUGCUGUUUCCAAAGAUUUGAAAAAGAAAUAACAUACUUAACAUGUAAGAGUUCAAGCAAUGCAUCUCACUUCUAUUAAAGGUUUUAUAAGAUUUCAGAGCUUUUUUAAAAUCUGUUCAGCAAAUAUAAUAUACUUCAAGGGCUAUUAUUGAGAAAUAAUAUUGGAGUAUUUAAUUCGUUAUGCUGCUAUUUAAUUGUUCAACUUGUUUAAUUAUUUCUCUCCUUUUUCUGACGCAGCUACAAGACUUCACAAGUCUAAAAAAUUACUCUCUGCAACUGCUUUGGAAUAGACAAUUGCUAUAUAAAUGUUUUCUGAAGUACAGCUUAAUAGCUGCCAUGGCAAAGAUUUGUGCUGCCAACAGCUGAUGGAUUCCUGGGGGGAAAUGCCCUGAUAAAGCCAUUUGCAUGCAUAAGAUGUGACAGUGAUGCACAGCACUGAUCAGACAGCAAAGACAUUAAAUCUGGACUGAGGUAAGAACAGAGGUCAAAAAAUAGUGGCAUGCAGCACACUGUCAUCAUGUAGCAAUCAAUUGAUUAAAAGAACUGCAGGGAAGAAUUGUGAACUGACGUUGUAUUUGAAUAUCUUGCAUUAGAGUGUUUUGUUAGCGAUUCUGUGUUAUUUUCAGUUCUCCAAGACUCUUCCUUUAGAAUGCAAUGCAGCUUAAAUGGGAUGCGUCAAACCCUUGCAUUUUGUAAGGCACUGAAAGUCGAAUUAAAUGUUGAAUUGAAAUAAAUUUUCCAAUAUACAAUGUGAAGCCCUGUGUUUUGUGGUGAAAGAGAAACCAAACUCACUUUUCCUUUGGCUACAGGACUUUAUUAUCAUCUUAACAGUUUUGUUUUACAUAAUAAAUAAGCAAAAAUGCUUUACAUUUUUAGGGAAUACAUAUAUAGUUCUGAGCAUUAAUAGAUUGUUUGGUUUGCGUGCUUUUUCUCCUACAUUUGCCAAAUAGCUCAUAUCUGCAUUGUAUAAAAAAAGCAAAACCUAAUGUUCAGGAAAAAAAAAUGAAAUAGUAAAAGUAUCUCUGUGUUAAUUUUGAAGUAUGACUGAAAUGUUGAAAAAAUUCUUUGUGUUCUGUUUUUUGGUUUUUAGAGACAAGUACUGAUAUUCUGGGAGGUAUCCCAUUCAGAAAAGCAGCCUUUCCACUUUAUCUCAGUGAGAUAUGCUCAAAUUUUAUACGUAUAACCCAAUGUACUCAAUUUCAUUAAAUUACUGAAAUGCCCUUUAGAAAUGACAUGACUACUGUCACCCAGAGAGAAGUCUGUUCCCUUACCACCUUAUUUACAUUGCACAGUUUCCAUUAAUAGGAGAAAAACUUUUGAGACAUCAAUAUGGGAGUCAUGUUUUCAACCUUAGGUUUUGGUAAAACAUUCCCCCUCUCAGCUCUCUUUCUCUCUUCCAUUCCACAUGUACUUGCUAUAUGCCUGCCCUCCUCCGAGAUGUACAAUCCUAUCAAGUUGCACGAUAGAAGCAUCUCUGAUGGAAGUAUCUAUAUUGGCUCACAUAUGUACAGUAGAGAGAAAUUUGGGCAUUUUUUGUAAUGUAUCCCUAUUCCCACUCCACUUCUGUGACACAUCGCAUUCUGCAGCAUUAAUGUACUAAGAACAUCUAUAGUUUAACUGACUGAAAGUCAAUAUCUGAAGUUGUGUUUUCUCUUAAUAUAACUUGCUCACAUUCCAGCUGUGAAUAUGCAAUUGCUGUUUCUAUUUCGGAAUGGCAGGAAAAAAUGUUUCACACAUUUGCUUUUUUAGUCACAGAUCUUUUCUUAAAUCUACAAUGCAUUUUCAGAUGUGAAUGCGUAAUUGAGUCGUUAUUUCCUAACGGGGAAAUUCAUGUAUCUGAAUCUCAUAUGCUGUAAAACGUCUGUGGGAGGGUGAUGGAACACCUCCUUUCCUUGGGAUUGUUGAAUAAAGCCUGAAAGUGUGAAUAACAAGGUAGAGGCUGGAAAAAUAUUUUGUGGUAUUUUAAUGAAAAAUAUCAGUGGAGGUUUUUUAACUGAAGCCUAAUUUAUAUAUUCCUGAAAACAUGUUUUUGUAAUGAGAAAUACUUGGAAGAACAGGAAAAUACAGCAGAUUGACUUUGUGUGCAGCAAUGCCACUAAUGAGGUAUUGGGAGACAUGCAGUAUGAAGGAGUUGUGCAUCAGGUUUCUUUUUAAUGAUGCAGCCAAUGUCAGUUUCUUCUUAAUAGGGCAUGGCUUUAAUUUAAGAAAAUUAACAUACAAGUCUUACCAUCAUUGUACCUUUUAAGAAGUUGGGUGCGUUCAUUACUAACACUGACUGGGGAGGCCGUUAAAGAAAGCCACUGAAAAGCUCAUGUGUCGGCAAUUCAUAACAUCAGAAUGAUAAUAACAUUCACACAUAACAUUUCUAUAGCUUUGCCACCUUCUCCAGCUCAAGAAGAACGAAGGAGUGCAAUUAAACUGAAGGGGUUGGUGUGUUUUCGCUCAUUUUAUGUUGUUGCUAAAAAGUCAGUGUUCUGGUAGCGACAGAUCCGGUACUUCUGAUCAUAUUUAUCAUGAAAGAUAUCUUUCAUACGUUUUUUAGUAAAUGAAGUCAGAUGACUGAAUUUCCAAGUGAACAUGAAUUCAACUUCAUAACAAAGCUUUCUCUGUUCAACUUUUAAUCAAAAGCAAUAAAAAUACUGAAAAUUA